UCACAGUUGAGAGCAGAACCGGACGUCGAGAGAUAAUGGCGGAGACGGUGCUGAGCAUGGCGAGGUCCAUGCUGGACGGAGCCAUCAGCAAGGCCGCCUCUGCUGCCGCGGACGAGAUGAGCCUCCUCAUGGGUGUGAGGAAGGAUAUCUGGUUCAUCAAAGAUGAGCUAGAGACGAUGCAGGCAUUCCUGGUGGCCGCUGAAAGAAUGGAAAAGAAAGACAUGCUACUAAAGGUGUGGGCGAAUCAAAUAAGGGACCUUUCCUACAAUAUUGAAGAUUGCCUUGCUGAAUUCAUGGUGCAUGUGGCAAGUCAAAGCUUGUCACGCAAGCUGAUGAAGCUCAAAGACCGCCACAGAAUCGCCAUGCAGAUCCGUGACCUCAAAUCAAGAGUUGAAGAAGUGAGCAGCAGGAACACACGCUACAACCUGAUUGAGAAGAAACAAAUUACUAGAGCCAUUGAUGAGAGGGAUUCUUGCUUGGAAGAUAUUCGCAACCAGUCAGCAAACAACAUCGAUGAAGCCGAACUUGUGGGGUUCUCCAAUCCCAAACAAGAGUUAAUAAGUCUUGUAGAUGUCAAUGCCAACAAUGGCCCUGCUCGGGUAGUAUGCGUGGUUGGCAUGGGUGGUCUGGGUAAGACUACUAUUGCAAGGAAGGUUUAUGAAAGUAUGAAAAACUUUUCAUGUUAUGCUUGGAUUACUGUCUCGCAGUCAUUUGUCAGGAUGGAUCUUCUCAAACUUAUGAUCAAAGAACUCUUCGGUGAUGAAGCACUCAAGAAACAACUUGACGGGAAGGUGGUGCGAGAAGAGUAUCUUGCGAGCUACCUCAGAAAAGAGCUACUUGAGAAGAGGUACUUUGUUGUUCUUGAUGACUUAUGGAACAUAGAUGAUUGGAAGUGGAUCAAAACUAUUGCUUUUCCAACUAAUAACAAUAAAGGUAGUCGGAUAGUGGUAACAACAAGAGAUGUUGGCUUAGCCGAGGAGUGUACCUUGGAAUCUUAUGGAUCAUUUAUCUACCACCAUCAACCCCUAGAAACAAAUGAUGCCAUAAAAUUGCUAUUAAGGAAGGCGAGGAAAAGUGAGGAAGACAUGGAAAAAUAUGAGAACAUGAGGAAAAUAGUUACUCAGAUAGUAAACAAGUCUGGACGAUUACCUUUAGCUAUACUCACAAUAGGAGGCAUGCUUGCCACCAGAGAGGUUAUCGAGUGGCAAAGUAUUUAUGACCAGAUCCCCUUAGAGCUAGAGAGCAACCGAAGCCUUGAAGCAGUGAGGAGGAUGGUUACCAUGAGUUACAACCACUUGCCCUCUCAUCUCAAGUCAUGUUUUCUGUAUUUAAGCAUAUUUCCCGAGGAUUUUGAAAUCAUAAGAAGGCGUGUAGUGGAAAGAUGGAUAGCCGAGGGGUUUAUUAUUGCCAGGAGUGGGGUGAGUGUAGAGGAUGUUGGGAAUACUUACUUUACUGACCUAAUUAACCGAAGCUUGAUUCAGCCAUCGAGAGUGAACAUGGAAGGAAUUGUCAAGAGUUGUCGGGUUCAUGAUAUUGUGCGGGAUGUUAUGAUCUCAAUUUCUAGAGAUGAAAAAUUUGCGCGGUCUACAUUGGAUGAUGCAACUGACGUAGCAGGGAGUAACUUCCGCCAUAUAGCAUUGCAAGGCAGUUGGUGCCCAAAUAAAGGCUUGGAUUGGAACCAUGUCCGAUCAUUGACUGUGUUUGGCAAGAGACCCAUGAAGCCGGUACCUUCAUUUUGUUCACCCAACUUCAGAAUGCUUAGAGUAUUGGAUCUACAUGAUGCACAGUUUAAAGUCACACAAAAAGACAUCAACACUAUAGGGUCGUUACGUCAUUUGAAAUAUCUCAAUGUUGAGAUGUCUUAUGGCCGUUCAUAUAUUUACAAGCUCCCAAGAUCCAUAGGGAAACUACAAGGAUUGCAGACUUUGGACAUAAGAAAAAGUAAUAUCACAUCACUACCAACUGAGAUCACUAAACUACAAAGUCUUCGCAGCCUCCGUUGCAGAACAGAUAGUACAAAUUCUAAUUUAUACUUAGUUUACCCAGUGAUCUGGUUCCUGUCCACAUUCUGUAUGCCUAUUCUGUUCCCUUUAGUUAGUCCGCGUAUGCGUCCAGACUUUAUGAUGUUUGUUCACAUGGCCUGGACUGGUCGUUUGACCAAGUCUAUUGGUGUGAGGGUGCCCAAAGGGAUCAGCAACCUAAAGGAGUUAGAGAUACUAGAGAUUGUGGAUAUUGAACGGACAAGUAGGAAAGCAGUUAAAGAGCUCGGAAAGCUUAUAAAGCUCAGAAAGUUAAGUGUCAGAGUAGGGGCAAGCAAGCAAAAGAGCAAGAUACUCUGUACAUCCCUUGAGAAGCUGACUUCCCUCCGCUCUCUUUGGCUUUGUGCGGAUGAAAGUACAUCUGGGAGAAGCCGUGCAUCACUCAAGUGGCAGUUGCAGUCUAUUUCCUCACCUCCCCCUCUCCUGCGGAAGCUGACUUUGGAUGGAGAUCUCGGGGAGUUGCCUGACUGGUUUGGGGGUCUGGUAAAUUUGGUGAAGAUUCAGUUAAUAUCGAGCAAUCUGAAGGAUGGUGACAAAAGCAUGGAAUUACUAGGCGCACUGCCCAAGCUCAUGCUCCUUCGUCUUCGUUGGGAUUCUUAUGUUGGGAAGAAACUGUUUUUCAGAGCAGAAACAUUCCCAAGUCUCAGGAGACUUGAUAUUUCGAGCCUACAGCAACUGACAGAGUUGACAUUUGAGGUGGGCACCUCGCCCCUGUUGGAAAAGAUAGAAAUCAUUGGCUGCAGAUUGGAAUCAGGGAUUACUGGUAUCAAACACCUUUCGAGACUGAAGGAGAUCGAUCUGCGAGGUACUAGAGUUGCCAGGCUUUGUGUGCUGGAAGGUGAAGUCAAUGCACACCCCAACCAUCCCGUGAUGCGACUUUCUGAGGACCGAAGCUACCAUGACCUGGAUCAGCACAUCGUGGAAGUAUCAGGUGGGGAGGAAUCCUCUCUCCAUCCCGACCCAGAAGCAGCAGAAGAGACCUCCUCCACGCAGGUGGUGGCCGUGACGACUGGAAGCGACAGCCAAGAUUCUGAAGAUGAUUUUUGCUCCUGCAUUUCUGACGACGACGACGAUGCUUGAUGAUCGAUCGAUGCUGCUGCUCGUUUCUUUCUGCAGCUCCAUUGCAGCCGCUCCUACUGCUCCCGGUCCCAGACUCCCAGAAGUUGAUGUAUGAGUCUGCUCUCAUGGAAUCUCGCCAUCACCACUUCGGCUCUUUUUUAUACGUGCCCCUCUUUCUCAACCUGGUCUGGAAGAUGGCAUUAUCAAUCAACUCAUGAAUCAUGAAGAGCGGCAACCUGCAUUCUCUUAUCUGCCCACUGCAUACAAAUGCUGGAAGAUGGCUCCUUGAACUGCAAACAUGAUCUGUGCCGAAGACGAGCAGUUGUAGUUGAUAAUCGACCUCUUCUCCGUUCCAUUGUUCCGUUCUUCGCUCACAUCAAUUGAGCCCUGCUGCAUGCUGGUCUGUUCUGCCAUACACUCAGGAGAUGCUGCUCGUUUGCACUUGUUGCUGGUGAUGAUACGGUCGUCGGACUCCACCUAUCUGCUGGACAUAGAGCUCCUUGACCCGGAGUGAACAAACAUCCUUACAUCUUGUGCUGCAAAGGAAUUAUCUCGAGUGAAUCUGAAGCUUGAAUUCCAUUUCUGACCCAGGAGAGAGCUAGUUCUUGGUGCCUUGACAGUCAAAGUGCCUCUGAAACGUGAACCGUGAAGUGUUCAUUCUGAUAAUGGCUGGGGAGAACUCGUGGAAAAUGCAACGGACUACACCCCACAGGAAGCUGCUACCAAUGAAGCUGCAUAUACUGUUAUGCUGCAAUUGGCCAUCACGUUCAUCUCUUCAAGUUCUCUGCUGGCUUGUGGCCUCUGAUAUGGUGUAAGGUGAAGCUGAGAGGGAUCGGACAUUUCUCCACUGUGAAUGGAAGAGGAAUGCAUUGAUCUCGGGGCUUCAGUGUAAUGGUGGGUAGUACCAAGCUGCACUGUUGGCCCCGAUGAAAAAUCGCUUCUUAGGGAACAACAUGGAAUGGAAUGGCUGAUGAUCUCAACCUGAUGAGAACACCUGCAAUUUUCAAUACAGGCUUCCUUUGUUUUCUAAUUUCUAGUAGUACUCUGUUUUUCCAGAGAUGCUUAGUUCCUCUCUGUU